AUGGAGAGUUUGAUCGGGUUACUAGGACAAAAUACCUCUGACAGGUAAGAUCUUUUCACGAGUAGUUCUUUAUUAUUUAGUGUUCCCACUGCCGAACUUCAAUCAGCGGGACCAAAUCCAGGAGCCCGGUUAAUGGCCAGUGAAACUGUAAAGAGCAUGUGGAAAAUGAUGGUGAUUAACAUAGAGGGAAAUGCCGAGAAUAAGGAGAAAGGUAACUGUUUUGUUGAUUAUUGAAGUUUCGGUUUAGAAAGGUCUCCGGUGGAAGGGAUUCAACAUAAUCUGAAGCAACAAGAACAUCAAUUAGACCAUCUGGUUUCGAAUAACAGAGAACUGAAGGGCCUCAAGGAUAGGAUCAACCAUGUGUACGACGAUCUGGUUCGGAGAAGCGAAAUGGUAGGUGCGAUUGUUUAGGCAUUUGCUUUAGGGAAAAAUAUUUUCGCCCAGAAUUAAAAAUAGUUUUCCCCAGAAAAGGUGAUUAUAGAAAAAGUCCUAUUUUCCCCAGAAAGCAUAAUUUUGUAAAAAUAAGGCACGGAAGUAGUAAAAAAUGAUGAAUAAGUCAUUUUAUAGAACAUUAGAGAAUUUAUUCAGACGUGGUUUGCAUAAAUCAUUCUUACUUUUUUCAAAAUUCAAUUAAUAAGUCGUCUAAGCAAUAUCUUGGAGUAUUGAUUUUAUUUUCUGCGUUUUCAAUAACCCAAUCUUGACCAUUUUCUGCAAAAAAUGCAACUGUUACUGUUUCACUACUACUACUUCAUUUCACUAGUAAAGUUACUUAUUCAUCACUUUUUACUACUUGCGUGCCUUAUUUUCAGUUAUGCUUUGUGGGGAAAAGUAUUUUUAGUUCUCAGACCCUUUGUUUUAUAUUGUAAACUUCUUUGUUUGACAUUUUGCGCUAGGUUUGGUCUUAUUCUGCGCGUUUUAGGAGCUCCAAGCAUCAUUGCGCCAUGUUGAACAGCUCCGAGAAAAGUAUUCUCAAGAACUGGCAAGCCUUGGCCAGGAAAAUAAGUAAGAUUUGCAUUUAUGGUCGCUUUAUCUAUCAUUUAUUUUAGAGCAAAGCAAGAUGAGAUAAAAAAAUUUGAAGAAGAAAAUACAUCAUUAUUUGAAGGAUGUGUCAAACUUGAAACUGAAAUAAAGAGAUUGGAGGAUGAAGUAAAGAGAAAAGUAAGGCUUACUGUUUUCUUUGGGGUAACGUCUUUUCAGGAUCAGUCUUAUAUACAGUCAAUCAUAAACCAACAAAUUUCGAGAUGCUGA